UGGCGACACCUUACAUUACAUGGCUGUCGAAUGAAAAAAAAAAAAGUUUUCAUCCAGCCAUCCAAACUCUCAGGAUGAAUGGAACAAGUUACGCCAACUUUGACAACCAGGAGCACGUUUUGAAAUUGGGCGAGACCUUCGAGAAGCACCCCAAGAGUGCCUACCACACCGUGCGAUAUGAUUUCAAACCAGCUUCGAUUGACACAGCCUGUGAAGGGGAUCUGGAAGUGGGCAAAGGAGAGCAAGUCACCAUCACUUUACCCAAUUUAGAGGGCUCAAGCGCCCCAGUGACAGUUUUCAAGGGGUCCAAGCGCUCAUACAUGAAGGAGUGCAUCCUCAUUGUCAACCACGAUACUGGAGAGUACCGACUCGAGAAGCUCAGCAGCAACAUUGCGGUCAAGAAGACAAGGGCCGAGGGCAGCAGUAAGAUUCAUUCGCGCAUGGAGCAGCAGACCAGUCGUCUGGGCCAGCAGAUGAAGAGCAGCGGUAACAGUGGUAGCAGUGGAAGUGGAAGCGGAAGCAAGAGCUCAACGGGAUCCAAAAGUUCUCCGCCCAAAGAGAAGACGUCGCCCGCGUCGCCGAUGGACGACAUUGAGAAAGAGCUGAUGGCAGAGGCGCGCGUCAUGGACCAGAUGAGCAGCGCCAGCUCCUCCAACAGCUCCUCGUCCUCCAGCAGCAACGACAGUUCCAGCAGCAGCGACUCGGAGGACGAGCGCGGCGGUGGCACUGGCUCCGCCGCGCCCCCUAAUGCGCCGUUGGCCCAGAACAGCCACAACAUGCCCGUCCUCACCACCAACAGCCGCCUGCAGGAGGGAGGAGGAGGAGGAGCAGUAGGAGGAGAAGGAGGCCUCAUGAACACACUCAAAAAUGACCUCCAGUUAAGCGAAUCGGGCAGUGAAAGCGACUGACCAGUCACCAGCCAGGACGUCUGCUCACGUCCAUUUUGGUUCUUUCUUGAUUAGUUCUUUUUGUUUUGAGAUGUGUUCAAGAAUCCUGGGAAACGCCAGCGGUUUUAUUUACAUGUCCACCAAUCAAGUCUUAAAGCGCCCACAGCGGUGCUGCACAUUUCAGCUCGGCAUCAUGGGUAAUUUACAAUGUGCCUUACAUGGUUGCAUCUCUUAUAUAAACUUCUUGAUUUUUUUUUUUAUUAUUUUUUUUUAUUUCAAAACGCUGCCUCCACUUGUUCGUUCGUUCACUCAUAUCAUGUUGUUCCCAUGCUGACCGAACUUUACUAUUCGCUCUGUUAGCGUUCUGACUAAAUCAUGCUAGGUUUUAGCAACGUAGCUCAGGGUUUGCCAAAAUUAUGUUCAUGCCCAUGACCUGAACUUACAAACUCUAUCACUAAAAUAUACAUAGUGCCAUAAUGAUGGGAUAAACUAACAAUAAGUAACACAAAAUAUAUGAAUCAUGAUGAACAUUAGUCAAAAGCUUAGUUGCAGUUAAUUAGUAAAAUCAGCCUGCGGCUACAAAUGGAAUCACAAUCCGUUUUGAUUCCCGUUUGGAGUGACCGGGAUGUAGCUUGUUGCUACCAUUUGCUAGUGUAUCCUCCAUUGUGUAUUGCUAGCGUUGCUACCGCUUCUAGUUGUCAGUGUUGCUGCUUGACUCUUUGGCUAGUUGCUAACGUUGGUCUCAUGUCUAGUUGACAGUAUAGCUAGUUACCUCUGUGACUUGUUGAUAAAUAGCCAGCUGCUAGCACAUCUAGUUGCCAUUGUCGCUACUUGCUGUUGGGACUACUUGGUAACUUGUCGCGUAUCCAGUUGACAGUGUAGUUAGUGUCCUCCAUUGUGUUGUUAAAGUUGCUAUCUUAUCUAGUUGACAGUGUAGCUAGUUGCUAACUAUGCUAGCAGCUGACAGUGUAGCUAGUUGCUAACCAUGCUAGCAGCUGACAAUGUAGCGAGAUGCCACUGUGGCUAGGUGCCAACUGUGUUAGGUUCCGUUACAUGGCAAUUAUUAUUAUUAUUUUUUUUGUCUUGACCAGGUCAGUGAUGCCUUGUAGCUUUAAACCUGCCAUACUUGAAUCCAAAUCAUUAAUUUAUUUCUCCAAGCAGUGAAUGGCCUGAUAAUAAGAAUUAUAAUAAAGUAGGAGGAAAAAGUAUGUGAAUCCUUUGGAAUGUCUUAAAUUUCUGAGCUUAAUCUAAAUCACAAGACUCACCACUACACACGACAGUACAGGGAUAAUGGUUGCCAGUUGGGGACCUGGUAACCAUCGUAAUAGGGUGAGUGGUGGGUCUUCACAUUUCUCUUGGCUUAACUCCCUCCCUUUGGGACUGGUCGGUGCGCUUUGAUUGGACUGGUUGGUUUGUUGUUGCAUGUCCUCACCGGGUGUCCUGCCCCAUCCACAAAAAGGAACACGAUUUGACUGUUGUAACGUUACUUGUGGUCAAAUAUCUAGACCAGGGGUGUCCAAACUUUUUGCAAAGAGGGCCAGAUUUGGUCAGAUGAAAAUGUUUGGGGGCCGACCAUUAAGCCUGACAUUCCUCGAAUCAUUACCAUUGUAAAUUAACAUGUAAAUAUGUAACUAUAUCACUUUGCUGUCUGCAGCUAGGUCGAUAUUGCAAAUGAGAAUCUGUUUUCAAUUGGAUUACCAGGACAGUUAAAGGUUAAAAUAAUAAUAAAUUAAAUACAAACGAACCAGUUUAUGAAAGUUGAAACAUGUAUUUAUUGAUUUUGUUUUAACAAAUCACAUCCCAGCGCAUUUUGACAAAGAAUAGUAUAGUGACUGUACUAUUCUGUCAUCUGAUUUGACUAUAGUAUAGUCAAAUCAGAUGACAAAAAUUUGACAAAACUGUCGUUUGAUCAUCACAAAAAAUCAAUUCACUGAGACUCGUAGCUCGCCUUUGUAGAAUUUUCAUUUGAGUCACGGGCUC